AUGUCCGGUCGUACACGUAUAAAAUCGGCCAGUAUCCUGAAAUUGGACCGUGAUGUCCACAUUCUCGAUAACGUCUCCGUGGCCCAAUUUGUCAAGCACGACAUCAUAGAACUUCAAGCUCGCGGAGUUCUCAAUGACUUUGAUAUAACCAUCAUUCUAGAUCCCGAUGGCAAACCUACAACACCUUCCACCGGAGAUCACCACAUCACAGGCACUCUACCCUUCAUGGCUAGUGAUCUUCUUAUGACACUGGAAGAUAGAGCGACAUUCCAAUUGAUAUACCCUACAACUCCGAUGUACCAUUUUUACCGCCACGACCUCGAGUCGUUUUUCUACAUCCUCGUUUGGGCAGCCACAUGUUAUGAUUUAAAAACCGGCCACAGGUUACCGCUUCCCGCGAAGUCGCCGCUGAUAGGGUGGUCAGAUACCACAGACUUGCCCAAAGCUGCGCUAAUGAAGUCAUUCACAAUUACGCUCAUGGCCCUAUUGAAAAAGGGUAUCCGCGCAGAGUGGAAAUGCCUUUGGGCGGACUGGAUUGAGCCACUCUUUCUUUUAUUUGAGGAAGGGCUGCGAUGCAGCGGAGCUGCUCAGAGACGCGGCAACAUAGAUGAUUUCAUAACAGGAGGGGGGCUAUUGACUUUUGACAACUUCAUGGACACUAUUAAAGUCUCACGCCGAAAUUUGGAUCCCAAGAAAUGA